GUGAGUCAAUGACAGAUUUUCGUUUCCUGUUGCUUUCUGUUUUUUUUUUUGCCGUCUUGUGACGGUGUUUUGCACAACGUUUAUUUUUAGAUCUAAAAAUCAUAAUAUUUGUGUUGACAGCGUUGAUCCACUUCAGAUUAAAUAGAGCAAGAAAUAAGCCUAAUCAUGUCUAAUAUAUCGAAGAGACGAAAGGAAGGCUCAAGGGCCAAGAUCAAGUCCAUUGGGGACCAUGAUGAGUUUCUUAAAAGAAUAACCAAAACUCUGUACUAUGGUGAACUGCCUGAUCUGCCGUGCCUCAGUCUUCCUGUGACUGAGAUCUCAUGCGAGCUGUGGUCAGUGGCACAGCGCGGGCGGUCACUGCGGCGGCUGCGUGCGGAUGCAGCGGCAGGCAUCGCACGUAGCGCCUGCGUUUCGCCUUGCGCCCUUGUGCUAGCCAUACUCUACCUGGAGCGCCUCAAGUCCUGCAACAAGGAUUACCUCACCUCUGCAGCCCCUGCAGACCUCUUCCUUGUAUCUUUGAUGGUGAGCAACAAAUUUCUACAAGACGAUGGCGAGGAUGACGAGGUGAUCUGCUCCGAGUGGGCCGCCUCCGGGGGCCUCGAGUUGAACCACCUCAAAAAACUUGAAGUGGAAUUUCUAAAUGCUAUUGAUUGGAAUGUUUAUGUGAACGAAAGGUCAUUCGAGGCGGGACUGUUGUGGCUGGAGCGGCAGGUGGCACUCCGCCAGGCCGGCCUGCGCGGCUUCUUCACGUACAGCGACCUGGCGGCGAGCUGCGACUGCGCGCUGCUGCGCGAGGUGGCGGGCGCGCUGCGGGCUGCCUGCGCCGGCUACUUGUCCGGGCUGCUGACGCUGCUCGCCUCCACGCUGGUGCUGUCGCAGGCGUGGCUGCCCGCGCUGCAGUACGCGGCCGCACGCGGCGCGCUCUCCGCUCUCGACACAAAUGUUAUGACCCAACAACCCGACAUCGCCCCCUUCAACAACCGCACGCUGGAUCCCGCACCGGACUCGCCCCCCGCGGAGCCCGCGCUGCCGGAUAAACUCAAAUGCUGCACCAGGUGGCUGCAAUAUCAAGACAGGACUGACACAAAAAAUCACUGGCAAGAUAAUAAUAACGCAUAUGACUGGAAAUCUUUCGAAACAUGGUGGUCUAAAACUCCGCUGCUGAACUGGCUGUACCACAGCUCCAUGAUCGGCCCCAUGCAGAGAUGGUUGGAAAUAGUCGACGAGUAUGCGGAUUUAUUUAAAAAGAAAUUAUACAGCGAUGAAGGCACACGAUAUGGGGAGCGGUGCGGAGACCACCACUGUGUUCGGCAAUGGUUGAACCUCAGCAAGCUCAACAUGCUGCUGGCCUCCGCCGCAGACCGCUAGACACUGUGACCGUAGCCCGGUGCACUGCACUGGACAGAUGCCUCUAGCACUCUCUAUUGGCUAAAUAAGCUAAAUAUUAAUGAUUUAACUAAAGCUCAGUAAAUUAUUUUUUAUUUUUAACUUUGUACUGUACUAAUGUCAUGUACUUACAUAUUUGAUAAGGUUAACUGAAGUAAAGGGUGGCCACUUGUGCGACUGCUGUAAGAACAAUGCCAACUUUAUCAGUUUAAGAAGUAAUUCUUAUAUUUUUGUAUGUGAAUUAACUAAAUAAAUCUUCCGAAUUAG